AUGGAUGCGCAACCGGCGCCCAGGUCUGGGAUCCCUCGCCGCGGACCACCUCUCGCCCCCAUCCGGACCGACUUAUCCCAGCAACUUCUUCAACAGCAGCAGCUGCACCAACAAAAGCCACAGCUGCAACAACCCCAGAAGCCGAAACAGCUUCCAACCUUGCAAAAGCCGCGGCCCAAUCGUCUUCGGCCCGCCGAGCCCACCACCCAACAGGCCGAAAAGGUUCCGCCUCAACCAGAACCGGCCACGCGCAAGCCUUCAAAGUCUAGUCUGAAGAGCCUGUUCAGUCGGAAUAAAGCUGUCCGAGAUGUCAAAAAGAAAGACAACCCUCUUCCUCAGGUCAGCGAGAGACGCGAGUCAGAUGCCCAAUCUAUACAACCUCCAGAGACACCGCGGUCCUUCGCGGGCACUGUCACCUCAGUCACGACCGUUGUUGCUUCAGCCGACCUUACAACGCCAAUUGCCACCCCAACCGAGCCACAUUUCGAAAAGAAGGGCCCCAUUCAAACCGCCAAGGCGAAACCCACCCGGAAAUCCUCCUCGCCCUGGGUUCCGCCGCCGCUUUUCCAGGCCUAUCCCCAGGCAUUGAAGCAUGCAACGCUAUUUGCACCAAUUCUUUCCGCCGAGGCCAUCUUGCGCAUUCAAUCUUCAAAAACGACUGCUGAAGCCAAGGAAGAGAACUCAACACCUCCAGACUCGUCCGCUGCAAAGAAGAAGGAUGAAAAAGACAAGAAGCACGCAAGGCGAAUGUCAAUGGCUUCUGGUGAUACUUUGCUAGCGAGAAAGAUAUUCGUCUUGGUAACCUCUGGUCGCCUUUUACAAUACGCAGCCGAGGGUCGCCAUGAUAGACUUCCGGAGAAAUUGAUGCGCCUGGGCUCAACCUCAGCAGCCUUUGCUAGUGACGCUAUCCCCGGCAAACCCUUCGUUAUUCAAGUAACACAGCAAUUCUCCAGUGAUGGCAAAGCUCCCACAGAGACCACCGGCCGAGGGUUAUUGUCCAGGUUUGGGAUCCAGGGCUCCGAUGCACGCCGUAUGGUGCGGACCUUUCUGAUGGUGCUAUCUGAUCCCGAAGAGAUGAAUUCAUGGCUAGUAUCUCUGAGAAUGACCAUUGAAUCUGUAGGCGGGAAGCAUUUUGUACCAGAGUCACCCGUCGAAGACAAAAAUGCAGCCGCUGGGAAAAUAAACCAAGCUACCUCGUCCACGCGGGCAUCACGACAACUCAAUAUUCGAAGACCAAGUCUGAAUGACUUCAGCAGCCAACAUUCAGGAGGAUCGUUUCGAGCUCCCUCGCGGACCUCAAUCGCCCCUACAAUGAAUAGGAAGAACUCGUACCAGGACUCAACGCCUUCGACCAACCUCGCCAAAGCAUUGAGCCGCCGUUCAAUCACCGCACCUUCUGAUGCCAUAUCCAUUGCAACGACUGCUACUAUGUCCAUGGAACCAGACACUAUCUACGAAGAUCCACGAGAUGCACCUCUUCCCCCGACAAGAACUCCGACUAUCUCCCAGCCUCCUUCUCUCAAGCCAUCACCUGCGACUUCACCUGUUCAGUCACCUCCAACUACCCCUCGACUACGUAAUAUGCCUACUAUUCCUAGUAGUACUAUCCGACCAUCCAUGUACGCAGCCUCUCCGCCACCGCAGCCAGACCAUCGAAGGGAAGACCCUGCGCCUAGUCGUAGGUUAUCCUACAUUUCCAGUGCGCAUUCUCCUCCACAAAGUCCUUCGGCUUCUCCCAUUCCUCCGAAUUUUAGUGUGCCUUCGUUUAGUACACGAUUCACGAUACCUCGUCGUGGUAGUGGACCGUCAGUAAACUCGGAUACAGAUGAUCCUCCGACAGGCCCUUCUUCGCCUGUGGAACAGACUGAACCUCGAAGAAAAUAUUCCGGGUUAAACAUAGACAUGGGAAGAAUAGCAGCUGCCAAUAUGGCCAAGCGCUCUUUGGCCACUGAAGCCCGUUCAAACACACCAAAUCCUAUAUCACCAACCAAAUCAUCCCUGCCCGGGCCAAGGGGUAUUCCCUUACAUACCACACCAUCCCAACCUUCCUCGCGAUAUGCACACAAAGUGCAGUCACCAGAAAUCUCGCAAAAACCAUCAGCCAGCGAUGCUCGAGCUGCCCUGCCGACUCCGCAGAAAAGCCGACCAUUGAUGAGAUUGCCCAAGCCAAACGAACCCGACACACUCACGGCGUUGCCCAGCUUUGCUCAGUCUGCGCCGGGAACUGACCGAAUAAAACGAACGUCAGUUACUACCGCCACGCCAUCAAGACCACCAUCCCAAAUUGUGCCGCCAUCGCUUCAAGCACCUAGGAUUCCCAGUGCCGUUGGACAGAGAGCCAGUAGGAUGGCAAUUCCUGCAUCCAAGUCUCCUCCAGUCGGAAUCACUGAGCAGGAAAGGCAGCCGACGCGCCGUCUUUCCGCACUACCGCAACAGAGAUCGAUAUCGCCUCGCAAGAAGAGCAUCCCAAGCCCAAGUUUGGCCAUGUCGCCUCCAGCGCCACCGCCUGAUUGCCCCUUACCCGAGGUUCCGUCCGAUAUCCCAGGGCGACGCCUUCCUACGUGGCGAAAACACUCGUUACUGCCUGCUCCAAAUAUGGAUGCGCGAAAGCAGCAGAGCCCUGAACUGCGUCAAAUAGGCUUUGCAAGAAGGCAACAAAUAUCUCCUCCAACGCCAACAUCUUCAAUACCCCGUCAUGAUCCACACGGUCCAUGA